CAUAUUAGUGACAUAUUAGUGGCAUAAUAGUCACAUCAUAGUGGUAUAAUAGGGACAUGAUAGGGACACAAAUCAUUUUCGGAGGAAAGCAGACAACCGCUUCUCCAUACAUCUCUGUAACUCAUGACCAACAAUAAAUAUUUUGAUUGAUUGAUUGAUUGAUUUAUUGAUAGAUACUAAAACUUAGAUAUACUGAGAGAAAAAAACGAACAAUUGAACAUAUGUGCCGUAUUCAACCAAAAGGGUACUUAUUGUAGGUUUUCAAUAAGACGUUAUUUCCAUAAAGCUUCAAUUUGACACCAACCUUAUAGACAACCAGCAAUGUGGUACAAUUUAUUAGAAAAUGUCACAUAUUAUUGUAACCAUACUCUACUCUACCAUACACUGUUCGUAUACAAUAAAUUUCGCAAACAAAUUCCAUAAUAUCAUUACCCCGGGAGGGGAAAAUGGUGACUAAUUUUGCAUGGAAAACCGAAUGUUCACUUUCCUUUUAAUAAAGUCUUGUCGUUCUGAAGAUUAGAAAGAUACAGAUACAGAAUACCACACAAAUAAAUACGUUGAUAUCCGUCGUAAGCAUAAGCAGGUAAAAACAGUGAUAGUACCUAGUACAUACUGCUGGUAUAGGAAGGUCACGACGACCGGUCUGGUCUAGUGGGUAGUGAUGAUCCUGGGUAUAUUUUGUAUAUCGUUGUCUGAGUACCCACAACACAAACGUUCUUGAGCUUCCCGUGGCGUGGGACUUAGUAAAUUUGUGUAAAAAUUUCCCAUAAUAUAUAUAUUUACAUAUUAUAGGGACAUUCUUACACAAACCAACUAUGCAACUAUUGCUGUUGUUUGGUUUGUUUCCAGAUUAACUAUUAUAUUUCUAUUGAUAUUUAUAUAUAUGUAUAUAUAAAUAUUAAUAGAAAAAUAAUAGUUGAUCUUGUAAUAAAAAAUACGUGUGCGUCUAAUUCCUUUAAGAUUCAACCGUAAAAGCAUGGAAUAUAAGAAGUACUAGAAUCAGAAUAAAGUUAAGACUUAAGUUUUUUCUUGAAAUAAAAUAAUAAUAAUAAAAUAGAACCCGAUACCGCUGGUUUUAAUACAUACAAGGAAAAGAACCGUUUACAAUAGAGAAUUUACUACUGCAAUGCAAUACUUUUUACAAUCUGAUUUAUAGUUUUUUCAUUAUUUACGACUAUGUAGGUACCUACAUUACAUGACGAAAACUUAAAUUAUGCUACCGUUCAGCAAAACACUUGUAUUUCUCAACAUUUGGAUAACCAUUAAACCAUCAACAGUGACAGCUAAUUUAACGAAGUUCAUACUAGUCUGGACGAAUGACAAACAGUACAUGCACAACAACAGAAUUAAUACAAGAAGUGGAGGCGGACAACUGAUGUUUACUGAAAGCAAUUGUCCAGUUCAGAAUUGCUAUAUUACUGAUGAUAAAAAUUUCUUUGGCCAAGGAAAUGAAGAUAGAUUUGACGCUAUACUAUUCAACGGACGUAACCUUGAUAUAUUUAAAGAUAUGAAUGAUCUCCCUAAAAGAGGAUCAGACUUUUCAAAACCGAAAUACAUUUUUGUAUUUGCCGAACCUUUUUGUAACAACACUGUUAAAUAUUGCGAUGAGACAAUACCAGUUUGCAAUGAUAUAUUUGAUAACUUUUUUAAUUGGACAGCGACUUAUAAGAAAGAUUCUGAUAUAGUUUUCUCUACAUACGAGAACAUUCUUCGGCAAAAAAUGUUUAUGGCUUGCAAACAUCACAUUGGACGCGAACUGUUGCCGGAUUUGAGACAAAAGAAAAAAGCUGUUGUAUGGUUUGUAUCAAAUUGCACUGACAAGGAGAAACAAUUUGAAUACGCCAAAAGUUUGCAAAAAUCUCUUUUACUGUACGACCAAACUUUAGAUAUUUAUGGUUGCGGAGAAUUAUCGCCAAAAGAAAACAGUACGGAAAACGAUUUGCUGAGAGAUGAAUACUUUUUCUAUUUAGAUUUUGAACCGUUUGAUAAUGUAUUAAAUGAAUGCCCACUUGCAAGGAACAGUGUUCCAAUUGUGUACGGUCUGGAUAAUUAUUCCAGAUUCAUGCCGCUGGGAACCUACAUCAACGCCGCAAAAUAUAUGUUCGAAAAUCUUGCCACUUCAAUAGCGUACUAUGUUAACAACCCCGACGAAUAUAGUGAUUUCUAUAUCUACAGGGAUUACGAAGCCCUAUAUGUCCCACCUAAUGCACGCGCGUAUCAUUGUCUGCUUUGUGCAGCCAUUAAUAACGAGCAGAAGGUGGCGAUUCCUAAGAUCUAUGAGAAAUUUAGGUAUUGGUGGAAUCCUGAUUAUGUUGCACAGUGUAAAAAUAAAUACAAAACAAUUACAUAAAAUAGUAAUAUUAAAACGCAUUUAUUUUAGACGUCAUGUUUUGUUAGUAUUUUUUUAUUUAUUUAUAACUAAGGUUGCUUGUAAAAGUAAAUGCAGAGAGGACCAGUGCCUUAUAUUAGGCUGUACCAUUUAUCGGACACGAUGGUCAGGACUUCAGGAGUCUAUGGCGGCUGCCGCGUUGCACAGCAUCUGCAUGAAAACCGUCCAC